AUGGAGGGGGGGGAGAGUCGCCCGGCCCACCUGGGGCCCGCGAGUGGGCCGGAAGAACUGCAGGAAGGACUGCUGGAAAGGCAGGGAGCGAUUGAGCCGACUGCUGCAGUUCCCCCGCAAAGUGCACAGGCGCUCUCCCCGGAGCACCAGCAGAUAGUAGACGCCCUAUACGACACCUGGUCGAACGACCAGGAAAGGAGAAAGGAGUCCGAGCGAAUCUUGAGUGAGUGCGAAAAGGGAGAGCAGUUCAUUUUGUACCUCCUAGACAUAUGUUGCCUCAGAGAGGUGCACAACAAUGUGAGGAAGCUGGCCAUCAUUUACGCGAAAAAUUUGGUGAGUCGUUUCUGGAGCUGCAAGGACCUCUUCCACUUUAGCAGCGAUGUUAAGAGAAUGGUGAAGGAGAAAAUCUUGGCCAUCCUGGCCAACCGGAGCACCGUCAGCGACUACUACAAGGAGCUAUCCACCCUGCUGAGGAAGGUGGCCCGAUACGAGCUGGUCCAUAACUACCCCCAGCUGCUGCAGUUCUUCCUUCAGGAGUUGAGUGCGCGUGGGGAAGGGGCUAACCCGGAUGGCCACUCGCCCUCGGAUUGCCGCUCCCCCGCGGAUGACCUCUCCAGCCUGUACACCCUGAUGUACCUGCUGCACAAGGUGCUGCGGGAGCAGUACAGCAAGAAGCUGCUGAAAGACAAGAAGGAAACCUUCCACAUCUCCCAGAAAUUUAUCGACUGCCUCUACCCCUUCUGGGAGAACCACCUGAAUGUGCACUUCCAGCGCAACCUGAGCGAGGCGUGCAUGUGUGGCAGCGAGGCCACGUGCAACAAGUGCUAUGGGGAGUACAGCGCUGUGAUGGAGUUGGAGGGGAAGCUGGCGUUCGAUUGGAAGAGGACGCUCUCUCCGAAGAUGGCGCUCUCCCCGAAGAGGACUUCCCCGCCAGGGGUGCGUUGCGCGGAGUGGGUGCCCGCGGAGGGGGUGCCCGUGGAGGGGGGGAGGACCAGCAGCAGCGUUGACGGGGGCGAGUCCAGCGACGUGCAUGGCUCGGGGAGGGGCGACGCGUACUGCUGCCGCUUUAACGCCGAGAGCGACAAGAAGGUGAAGAUCCUCAAGUUCGUGGACAGCAUUCUGCUGAACUUGAUAAUCAGUCGGGAUGACGUCCAGAGAGAGCGGGGGCGAACCCGCGGGGGGGGGCAGAGCCCCCAGGAGGGAGGUCCCUCCCAGGAGGGGGGUCCCUACCAAGAGGAUGGCCGCUUCCCGGAUGGUCACUCCCCACAGGAUAACCGCCCCCCGGAUGGCCGCUCCCCCCCCGAUUGCGGGCCCACCCUGCGGAAGAAGCCCUUCCUGGACUGCCUCGCCAACAAGACCGUCUUCUACCUCAAGUUCGUGCGGAAGGAUUCCCCGGUGUACCACCAGAAAUAUUUGAAGUUCCUGCUGAACAGCUUCCUGCACAUCAUAGAGUUUCAGAGCGACCUCCACGAGUAUGUAAAGAAAGACACGACGGAGCAGUUCAUCUGCCUCUUCCUGAAGAAGCAUCUACAUCUGCACCUGCGUAAGGACCUGCAUCUAAGCAACGACUACUACGACAGCACGUUCGUAGACAUCAUAAACAUCUGCAUCAACAUCCUGCGGAGUCUCUUCUACCACUUCUGCCUAAGCCAGUACAAUCUCAUUAAGCAGAAGAAGGUUCGGGAAAAUUACCUGACGGUCAAGAAUAUGAUUAGCAGUUCGAGCAGCUUCUUUGAAGGCUGCCCAGAAAAAACGGAUUUGCAAACAAAAAUUAUUAACACGUUGGUGGUUAAUAUUAAUAAUCUGGAGAGUGAAAGCAAAAAAGGGAAAGCAAAUAAGAAUUACUCCUUCAGAGACAUACUGACGUACAUCCGGGAGGAGGUCAGAUACGCGCUGACUAGCGAUGAAUACAUUUUAAUGCAUAACCAGAAGGCUCUAGAGAUUUUUGAGUUCUUAAGAACGCACUGCAUCAACAUGUCCGCUGAGCAAAUCAUGGACGUCAUGCUGAAUGUUAAGGACAAGGAUGGAUACGAAGUGGAGGAAAAUAUUUUCUACUCAUCUGCAAGAGAGUGUAUAAUCGAAAUAGCAUCUGAGCCUUUUCUCUUUUCCAUUUUUAGCCACUUUUUUGAGCCCUUAAUUAACUCCCUACAUAAUUAUGCUCACAUGAUUAAGUCUGUGCCGGAUAAGCUCAAGGAUCUACAGGUUCCUGAUUUUUCAGAAGCGAUUAUUGAGCUCGAUGGGUACCUAAACAUCUACUGCUUGCUGUAUUCCUCUCUACAUAAGAAGAUCAAAGCGGAGCAUAUCCUCUGCAUGAUUAACUUCUUCACCGACUACUUGUCCAUUGAGCUUACGCACCCCUUGGUCAGCUACCGAAUCGCCUCGAUCCUCAAAGUGUGGCUUAAGAACUACAAGGCCUCCUUCCCCUUCAUUGACGAAGUGGCAGUCCUCAUUUUUGAGAACAUCCGCUUGCUCUGCAUGCACUUGUCCCCCAAGUGCGUCGUGGGUUCUCUGCUCCGCGCCCCAGGCGUGAGCGGUGUUAGCGGUGUUAGCAGCGUUAGCGGUGCGCCGCCAGAGAACCACUACGCCGCUCAGUCCGCCAACUUCCUCCCCCUCGUCUUCUUCAAGUUCGUCUGCUUGUUCAGCUACAUUUUCAAAUAUGAGUACGUCUACGAGAACCACGACAGUAUUAACGAGAUCCUGGUGGGCCCCCUCAUCAGUCUGCUCACUCAGAUCGCGUACCCCAAGAGCAUCCAGAAGGUCCUGCAGAUCCUCAGCCACAUCGUCUUCCUCAGCAACAAGGAAAAGGACAUCACCAUCUUCAAGGACAACUACCACUUCCUCCUGGACCUCUACAGAACCAGCAACCUCUCCAUCAAGGAAUACAUGCUCAACAUCCUCGUGCAGAUUCUCAACAAGAAUUACGAGGUGGGUUGCGGCCUCGUGGAGUUUGCCCCCCACGCGGGGGCUGUGGACUCUCCCUCCAUGAGCACCCGGGGCGAUGACAGCCACGGCCAGGGUAGAUUCCAACAAGGCGGUUUCUCACAGGGGGGCUUCCCACAAAGCGGCCUCUCACAGGGGGGCUUCCCACAAGGCGGCCUCUCACAGGGGGGCGACGACUGUGUGCUCUUCCACUUCAGCUUCGACGUAAUAGCGUACACCAUCCUGGGGAGGAGGGCCGCCGAGCAGGUUUCUCCCCCCGGCGAGGGUGGGCAGCACCCACAGGAGAGGCAGCCCCCAUUUGACGGACUCGACCAACUCGAGCGACGUAACCUGCGAGGAGACCACUGCCAACGCCCCCCCCGGCUAGCUAACAGCGAAGUAAAUUUGCACGUGGACCAAACCAUCAGCGACAGCUUCUACACCCUGUGGCUGUGCAACCUGAAGAUUAUCUCGAAAUUAUUCCCCGCAAAGAACGAGGAGAUAGUGAAGAGGGUGUGCUCCCUGUAUGUGCGGACGACCCACGUGAUAAGCGAGCACUUCAAGAGGAAGGUCUCCAGCGAGACGACUCGCGAAAUGAGCUGCUCCUGUUUGGAUGUCCUCAUGGAAUAUAUGUGUCUCUUCAUCCUUCACGAGAAGCCAAAUUUUUACUUAACCUACGAGGCAGUCUCCACCAGCGUGCUGACCAACGAACUGUUGAGGCCGCAACUGCUAGCCAUUGUUAGGAACAAUUUCACCCUGGGUGAUGAGGGGAACACGGAGAGAUGCAUCUACCUCCUCCACGUGUGCAUGGGUUUGUAUAAAAACAGACUGAAAGAGGACAUGCCUGUUCUUUACCACCACGUGGCCAGCUUUGUGGUCAUAUACCUGCUGAAGGUGGUGUUGAAGUACAUGGGGAAGUUCUUCCCGGUGUGCACGUGCUUCGAGGGGUCGCCCAAAGGGGGCAGCGAACGGGGAAGUGAAAAGGAAAACUCGGGGCAUCUACAUGGGGAUAACCCCGCAGAGCUGCUCCCCCCAGCGGAGGGACACUUUCCAAAAGCGGAAAAGGAAGAGGCAAGCCAGCAAAAGUUCAUGACGCACAGCGAAAGGCAAACGAAGUACAUACACGAAAAUGUAGUGUCGUAUCAACGCGAAGAAAGCUUCGAUGCCCACUUUGGCCUCCUCCAAAAUGAUUUAAAGCAACUGCUAGGGAUGGAAUACCUACAGGACUACAACCUCGGAGCGGUUUUCAAAAAUUAUAACUUCAACACAGUCAACGAGGAUAGCUUCUCCUAUAUAAACAAGCACACGGUGCUCACGCUGAUAGCUAUUUUGUCCCUAUACGAGUCUAACCUACUGCACUACAUUUUAAUUUGUUUCCUGGUGUACUUCCGGAUCAACGUGCCGCUACUCCUGUCCUCUAUCUUUUACCAAGCUCAGUACAUACACAACAAGGGCGUCAUGAUGGCACUCCUUCUCUUCAUCUACAUACUUACAGAGAAUUACCUUUUUCGUGACUUUGUUCCUUCCCUUGUUAGAUCCCACUUGCUAACCUCCUGCAGUAGUAGCAGCCCCUACCUGGAAGAGCUCCUCUACGAUAGGAACAAAUGCUCCGACUUCUUCGCCUGCACAGGGGAGGACUACACAUUCCUCAUCAUACAGCUUCUUAAACUGAUCAACACCAUGCUGAACACGAGCAGGGACAUCUACAUUGAGAUGAAGAACAUCCUGCACCUGAACACCGCUUCGUCCAACUUGAGCGCGACGAAAAUGUACCACUCCGCUGGCUACAACAGCGUCAUGCGCGGGGUGCUCAAGCACGACGACCUCCCGGGCGUGUGCAACAAAGCCCUCGACAACGUCCUGACCUUCCUGCGGGACGUGAAGGACCUCGACGACCGGAACGCCACAAGCGCCAUCGUUAACUACCUGCGCGAAAACGUGGAGGGUAUGAACGUCGCCCUCGUCGACAUGUACAAGAAGUACCUGGGGUAUCAAUAG